UAUUCCAGCAGUGUGAUGCUCAGCUGUGAGUUUAACCGCUGCUGUUAAAAACUAUAGAUCUAUCAGCGGGUUAUGGAUGAAAUGGAAAAUGCAGUCAGAAGGAACAUUUACAUGAUCCACUUUGGUCAUGUUUGUUUUCAUGCGUGGUCAGAUGUUUUCUUUCCCUCCCCUUUCAUAAAGGAUGCUCCAGCGUCUCCUAUGCUAAAGGAAGCAAGAUCCCUGUUCCCCUAUGAACAAGGAUCAGAUGGAUUCAUACACACCUGGCUGAGGUGCAGGUACCUGAGCUGUUUCUCUGGUCUCCAUCCUCACCUGUGCCGUGAAGGUGAAUCAUUAAGUCAGAGAUGAGCAGCUCUGUUCAGAGGAAGAGGCGGAGCACACAAAGUCCUCCAGUUUCUAGACACAACGCCAAGAGCGGGAGAGCUGCGAGUACCAGGAGGACGGCGAAUGCCGACAGUGAUCCCACCCCCCCAACAGAGACCAUUGACGUGAUGGACGGUGAAGAGGAGGUGGUCGUGGAUCUCACCUGUGAGAGUGGAGCAGAAGCUGCUGUGGUCGACCUGACUACCAACAAUGACUCUGUGCUGCUGGUGGAUGAGGGUCCUCAGAACUGGAGACCACCUGUACAGAGUUAUCUUGUUAGCAGUGAUGAAGAUGAAGACACACCCCCUGUCCUCAGUGCCACCCUCCUGCCACUGACAAACACCUCCAGGUCAACUCCAGGGACAAUCAGCUGUCCUGUGUGUCUGGACGGAUACUCAGAGAUCGUUGGGAGCGGCCGAUUGGUCGUGUCCACCCGUUGUGGUCACGUGUUCUGCAGUCAGUGUUUGAGAGACUCUCUGACAUCAUCACACACCUGUCCCACCUGCAGGAAGAGACUUACUCACCGGCAGUACCACCCCCUGUAUAUCUGAGACCACAGCUGAGUCCUGCUGCCGUUGGACCACAGGCCAUGAUGUUGAUAUUAAUUGCUGCUGAAUUGUAUUUUUUUUUUUUUUCUUUUUUGUGUGUGCGCCUCUGUUUGGACAUUAAAGUUUUCAGUCAUAGCUGGUAAAUAUUAUGGAUUAAUGAUUCAUGUGUAUUGAUUUGUUUGUUAAAGCUGAAAUAAAUUUUGAUUUGUGUCACUCA